UAACACAGUUUUUUUCAUGCAACUAAUGCAAAAACAAAAGUAUGAAUAAAUUUAAUAUAAAAUUUUUUAAUGAUUUAAAAUUCAGAACCUACAUGAGAUAUUAUGGACUCUAAGCUCGAUUGGUUUGAUCAUCCAAUUAUUCUAAAGUAUAUUGUUAGAUUUUCAGAGUUUUUCAAAUUACAGAUUAUAUCAAAAUGGACAUGUAUAAAAAAAAUCGAUACGUGUAAAAGUAGAAAAUAAAUAUUUCUCGGAAAUUUAGGUGUAAUGAUUAAUCAUCGAUUAUUGCAAGGCAUAAUCGAAAUACAUGUGCGUGUAUUGGACUAUAAAAUUAUUAAAAGCUUUUGAAAUUAAAUAUAUUAAUCAAGCAUUCACGCGUGUUAUUCAUUUUUUAAACUACACAUCCAGAAAGAAAUAACACAAUACCAUUCAAAAAAACUUAAUCUCUUAAUCGCUCCUAUCACGACAUUACCGUUUUUGGUUCUUCCGUAACUCGUUUUAUCGAGGUGCUGUUCUAUCGACAUCAAUUCUCAUUCUGAUAUGCAUUCGCGAGCAUAGAUCUUCUAAAGCACCCUUUUCGAUCUUGAGGAGUAGGAUAGAAAUGGGUUGUCGCGAUCAAAUCAUCGCAGACUAAUAAUAUUAACGUUUUUUUCAAUCUGCAGUUUGUAUAUUGUUUCGACUGGACAUGUGGUUAUGAAAUUACCGUAAAAGAAAAUCAAAUACGUAUUUUUCAGAUAUAAAUUCGACACGUCAAAAAGUCGAUGAUGUGUGGAAAAAAUUUCACGUUUUGGUAUUGCGCGCUUCUUCUCCUCGUCGCUUCAUCGUCGAAAUCUCAAGAAAAUUCCACGAGCAACGAAGAGAAAAAUGAUAAUUUGACGAUACGAAACGAGUUAGACGCAAACUCUACGACAAAUUAUGGCGAUGAAAUGAAUACACUGCGAUAUGAUUUGUACGAAAAGUGUACCAACAAUACACAGUACGACAAUAGUACGCAGUAUGAAUCUCGCAUCACUUCAACGAACAAUGAUUACGAAGAUGAUGAUGCGAUACAGUAUAAGCUCCACAUGCAUUCUAUACAUGUGGAUGGUAAGCAAAUACCGAUGGAACCUCGCACGAAUUUACCAAAUGCUAACCAUAAAACUAACUUCACGUCACACGAAAUUUAUGGAAAUUUAAUGAGCAUUGAAGACAAAAACGAUUCCACAUCGCACAAGUUCUAUGAAAACUCCAGUAAAGAUAGCAAUAUAAAUAAUAUCAUUCCAUACGAAAUGUGUUACAAUAUUACUUGUAUUCAGCUUUGUUGUCCUCUUGGCAAUCGCCUGGUUGACAACGAAUGCAUCCCGGAAAAAAAUAAAUACUUUUUCCCGUAUGUGUACGGAUACGCGAACGAUUCGUUGCAGAGCGAAAAUAAGGGAGUGAACGAAUUGUUUCAGCUAGUUGUCUACGAUCCAUGCCAGAAUGAAGUUCGCUACCUACAUCCCGAUGGUCAUCAGUAUGAUUACGUGUUCUUUACCAAUGGUUCUCUCUAUUUAUCUUAUUAUGAAAUAUUUGCCAAAUCAUAUUGCCUCGCCGUAGUGAGAGGGAAUAAGUACGAAGUGACUAUCUGUUCAGAGAUUUCUGACAAGAUCGUCAAUAUAAUAAAUGACAUAAACAUCAUAUAUGUGAGCUUUCAUAUAGUGUCCAUACUAUUUUUGGUGUCAAUAUUUCUGGUGUAUUCUAUAUUGCCAGAACUCCGGAACACACACGGCUUCUUCUUGUGCAAUUAUAGCGGUGCUUUGUCCAUCGCAUACACAAUUCAUAUUGUGAUACUUCUAAUCGAAGCGGAUGCUGUACAUUAUUCCGUCUGUAUCUCAAUCGCCUUCUUCAACUACUUGUGUUAUUUGGUAAGCUUCUUCUGGUUAAACGUGAUGAGUUUGGACAUGUGGUGGACAUUUAGAGGAUUUUGUUCGUUACAAAGAAACGUCGGACAACGAGAUAAAAGAAAGUUGGUGUUUUAUACGAUCUUUGCGUGGGGUUUACCCUUUACCUUUGCUGUUAUCAGUGUCAUUAUGGAUUUUGUUUCCGAAUAUUUGCCGAAGAUUUUGCGACCGGGAUUUCGCGCAGGAAAUUGCUGGUUUGCUGAGAAAGGAACGUUUGCGUUGUAUUAUUACGGAUUCAAAAGUAUCUGCAUCAUUAGUAGCAUUUGCUUAUCUAUCUCUACAACAUUGAAGAUCGCACACUAUGAAAAGGAAACAGGCAAUUGUUUGACAGAUUCGGAAAGCAAGAGAUAUAAUGACAAUAAGAAGUGGUUCAAUCUGUAUCUAAAGCUAUUUAUCGUGCAGUUUAUUGUGAUGGGCAUAAAAUGGUCGAUAAUGACAGCGUCAUGGUUAUCUGGAAAUAUUAUGUCAAAUUCUGUCUCAUAUAUUAUUAAUUUAAUGGACAUUAUACAAAAUCUCUGCACCUUUGUCAUAUUCGUGUGGAAAAAAAAAAUCAAGCGGUUGUUACUGAAGCGAUUCGGCUUUGGUCUCUUUCCAGAAGGUCGAUGCGCAAGGAAUACAAUAGCGUCGACUACUUCGACGUGCACCACCACGUCAGGAAUGAUGCCUAUGCAGGAAAAUAGGAGUUCUUGCGAACAAGGGAACUGUCACGCGAAAAAUUUGUCGCAUGGGACUGAAUUCUAAUGUUGCAAUGUGCAAAAGAAAGUUUUAUCGCAGAUCAGGAAUCAAUGAUUUAUCAGCGAUUAAUUAUAGUCUCUAUAAUUUUCGAAUCAAGAAUUAACUUUACAAUGACACUGAUUUAUUUGUUUUGGUCUUCAAUAGAGUUAUUGUUAGCUCAAAAUUUCACAUAGGAUGUUUAUCCUUUUCGGUCUCUUUUAUUCAGAAAUUUAUAUUUUUCUAGAUUUAUUUAUAAGCUUUUUUUAAAUAUACUUUACGGUUUAAAACAUUAUAUGUAAAUGUUUUAAAUUUUCAGCACAUUAUCAGCCCUACUUCUAAAGUUAUAAUCAAGUUCUAUUAUUCGCUUUGUAAGACUGCUACGGAACUUGUAUAAAAUUAUAAUUAUUGUGUUAUAUUACAUAAAUGUAAACUAUUAUUGUUGUAUUAGAGACUGUAAUAAAAACUUAUAAAUAAAACAUUUAUUGUAAUUUCAGUGUAAUUACUUGCAAUCGUAAAAUUAUUAUAACGUAAUUUUAUUUUAUUUUUGAUCUUUGAUUUCGUCUUCACAAUGAAUCUCCUGUCGGUACAUAUUAUUACAUUGGAAUCAAAUCACUCUGAUUGUAAUAUCGUAAAAAAUUUUAAUCUUGUAAAAAACUGUACAAAAUAUUGUGCUGUAUAGUGUUGAUAAAGGAAAAUUAUUUCUGAGACAGAUAAAUAACAUAUAAAGAGAGAAUAAAAUACUGUCUUUCGAACCGGUAUGGUCCAAAUUGAUUACGAAUAUAUUCGUACGCGUCCAUAUUUUGAACUUAUUCGUUGGUUAAAAAUAAUAUUUCUUUUGAUCAAUUCAUCUUCAUGUAGCUAUAUUUUGUACAUACAUCAACGCUAGAAAUGUUUCAAUGUAUAAUAUUAUAUACUUGGAAGCAAACUCUCGAAUUUGUAUUUAGAUAUUUCUGCAUCAUGAAUUGCAUCUAAUAUUUUGAUAUUAAUAAAUAUUUGAUAUGUAUGAAAAAUUAAUGUUUGGCUUUUUGAAAGAAGAGCGAUCUGGGAUCAACAUAAAUAUCAAUCUUUUUGCGUGCAUGCAAACAAUGCAUGUUAACUUAACAAACUCUGGUUAUUAUGGGGUUAUCUAGGGGCCUCCGGUGGCUCAAUGCGUAGCGUGCCUGACUCACAUCCCGGAGAUUUCGGGUUCGAUUCCCGACUCGAUCCUGGCCUGCGCUUUCCCAUUUUUCCUUUCCUAUCACCUCCCAAAAAUUCCUUCCUUCUCUCCUUCCCCAAGAGAAUUUACUUAAUCAGUAUAUAUACAUAACUGAAAUUUAUACUCUAAUAUAACCUGUUGUUGGCCCGAAUAUAUUAAUCUACCCCUGAUCAUAUCGGCCAUUUAAAUAUUAAGAAAGAAAA